UUGUUUAUUUACUAUCUAGCCGUGCUUGUCUGUUCCCUGCGAAUCCACCCUCUGCUCCCAGCUCUCGCCCCAAAUGAGUCAGUCUCGGAACCUUCUCAUAUAUUCUUUCAUUUCACGGGGAGAUGUUGUUCUGGUGGAAUACACCCCCUAUGCGGGGAACUUUAGGGUGGAAGCAAUGAAAGGCUUGAAGAAAGCCGCAUCAUCCGCUAAAGGGAAAUACUCGUAUCCUUUUGACGAGCUCACUUUCAACUAUCUAACUGACCACGGGAUAACCUAUAUGGUCAUGGCUGACUGCAUGUACGGCCGCAGACUACCUUUCGUCUAUCUCGAGAAGUUGAAAGAUCUCUUUGUGGACAAAUACGGGGCACGUAGCCUGGAAUCCCUUCAAGCCAAUGCACUCAGCCAGGAAUUCGGGCCGUUGAUGAAAGAGCUCAUGGAGUUCAGCAUGCAUAAUAGCGACGAGAUGAAGCAGUUGGCCAAGCUCAAGGCCCAAGUACUAGAAGUUCAGAGUGCCUUGACCAACAACAUUGAGCAGGUGGAAGCUGCAUCAGCCAAGUAAGAGUAUGCCAUUGUGCAGGUGGAGGAGGAUCGUUUUCCACAAAAAGCAGGCAGAUCAAAGUGCUCAACAGUAUGCCGGGUUAUAUUGUGUGUGCUCAUCUUGGCGCUGUUAACAGGCUCGCUUGCUGCUUGGUUCCAGCUUUGUAAUUCUGGGGGCUGUACCUUCAUACACCAGGGAUCUGUCUGACAUGGCUUGAUUUUACCGUGCUUCGGGCAUCAUGCAGCAGCACAUGAAGAGCUGUUCAGUACUACACAACUUGCCGUUUUCCUGCUGCGUGGCACCUGUGCCUUGCUCUAACGAUCGCCACAUACCCUCCAUGCAACAGUCCCUGGUGUGACAAAAAAUAUCCCACCCUUGUCCGAGUGUGGGUGCAACUUGCCAGCCUUGUAGCAAGCCCCUGCUGCUGCACACCACCUUUCCAUAUAAUCCUAAUAAUGCCAUUGUGCUAGUGCUCUGAAACGUUCUAGAAAUGUAUGUAGCAUCAUGCUAGCGUACAGAUUGUAAUGGCCUUGAGAUAUAUGGAAUAAUUGUAUGAUAUAACU